AUGAAAAUCAAUGUAAAGAGAGAUUUUUUACAAAUAAUGGUAGCUGGUGUAGGAAAUAAUAGACUGAGGAAGAGAUUCAUGUCUGAUUUUUCAUAUUAUUUCAAUAAUCCAGAAUUGUCAGACAUCAUGGUGCAGGUCGUUGGAUGUUCAGAUGAUUAUAUCGAAUGUAGUAGUUCUGACAAAGAGAGAGAGUUGCAAUCGAGUGGUGGAAUUACUGGAAACAAUGGUACAGAUACUUUCUAUGCACAUAAAUUCGUUUUGAGUGCAAGAUCGCCGGUUCUCAUGAGGAUGUUAUCUUCUUCAAUGAUGGAAGCAGCGUCAUCCGUUAUCUCUAUGCAAUUCUCAAAGGACACUGUCCAAUGUAUUCUCAGAUAUUUGUAUUCCGGUCAGAUCGAUUUGGUGCCUGCACUAGUGUUGGACGUACUUUCCUGUGCAGAUUACUACAGUCUUGAAGAGCUACGAGAAUACUGUGGUUGGUACUCAAUGAGAAUCUGCAUGGAAGGUGAUCCCGAGAUGGAUAUUUGUAAAGUUCUAUACGCAGCCGAGCGAUAUCGUUUGGACAAAAUUAAAACACUCUGUUUUGAAUUCAUAACACAACACUCUAUGGACAUAUUGUUGUCCUCUCCAAACUGGCAUUUGCUCACCGAAGACAGUGUAAUCGCCAUUCUCAAACAAGAUAGUCUUCGUGUCCCAGAGGUAGAGAUAUUCGACUCACUAGUCAGAUGGGCAAAGAAACAAUAUUCAAUACUUAAAGAUAUUAGUUGUGAAGAGAUAGUAGAGAUUGAUUUUUUAAAAAAGAAAUUACAAAAACCAUUAGAAUGUAUUAGAUUUGCAAGUAUGUCAUCACAUCAACUUAGUAAACAUAUAGAAGCAUCUGGUUUGGUCGAUAGAGAUAUAAUGUAUGAGGCAUAUAGAUAUUUGGCAACGAAAGAAACACCAAAGCAAUUGGAUAUGGCAGUUGUAAGACAGGGUGUUACGGAUUUCACAUUCUCAACUCCAGGCGAUACAAAGGGUGUAUUCUAUUACUUUGGAACAGUGGAGGAUACCGACGAUUACGAAUCACCAUCGAUUAGAAAGACUGUUAAGGUCAGUUCCUCCAGCAUGAGCAUUGGCUAUCCAACACCGUUUGUUAGUCGCACUCCGACCAAUAUGUACACCGACAAGUUGCCAAACUCCUACUAUUCGGUGGACAUUGGAAGCAAGUACGUUCUAUGUCCAAACUACUAUACGAUGAGAUAUGCCGGUGAUAGUCAAGGAUCGAUCUACGCAGCACCAAAGAACUGGCAAUUGUUGGGAUCGUUGGACGGUGAGCAAUGGGACAUCCUAACGACUCACCAUAAUGACACAUCACUCAAAGAAGGAUACAGUAUAUCGGGAUGGCCAAUCGACUCUAUUCACUCCUACCGACAUCUAAAGAUACAAAUGACAGGUCCAAAUCAAAGAGAUGGUGAUGAACUGUGUGUUUGUUGUUUCGAAGUUUACGGUAGAUUAGUUAAACUUGAAGAAGAUUCGAAUUUAAUUACCGAAGAAAAUGAUUCAUCUGAAUAA